GCUUUUUCUGCGUCUAAGGCAGCGACGCUCUCUACCGCCUCUACUGCUGGUGCGCAUGGUGGCGCGUUUCCAGUGACUCUGUUGCUUAGUUUUGUGGAGUUUGCCGAACCAGAGAAUGCCAAGGCAAUGAUUGAUUACUGUCGCAAUGCCAGCACGAAGUCGAAGCCCUUCAGUUUUCUUAGCGAUGCGUCGGCUGAGUCGCUGGAAUCGAGCCACUUUUCCCCGGAUGAACUGCAGAGGCUGCUGAGCGUCAGAGCAAGCCCCGCACGGAAACCUAUUCACGAUAAGCGUUCUCUGGACGCCGUGCUCGUCCCCGACAAAAAAUGCCCCCGUCGUGUGCUGCGGCAGCAGCCCUGCCGCUUUGGCUGUGACGGGGGCGGAAAGACGCUUGGCAGCGACGUUGAUGCGGGAUUGCCGGCGUCGUCUGCUUCUGCGGCUGUUUUCGCAGGCAGCGGUGGCGGGUUGGGGGGCGGCGGCGAGGGGAAUGCGGGAGUCGCCGCGCCGGAGUCGCCGCAGUGGCGUUCCGUCGCGGCGUCUGCCCUUCAGCCGCCGCCGUUUCGCGACGACGCGGCGGAGGCGCCACCGCUCUGGCCGGCCGUCGGCGCCGUCGCCGUCCCGGCGACGUGGCUGGAGCAAGAGGUGGGGCAGACGGGCGAGCUCAACCCGUUGGAGGGGGUGUCGUUCCUGGGGGGCGCCGACGACGCCGCGAAGGUGGAAAACAAAUGCGGUCUGCCGCCGCGGCUUCAGUCGUAUGUUGAUGAAGUCUUUCGCUAG